AUGGUGCCAAAACGUCUGCCCGCAAGCCGCACCGGAAGCGGAAAUCAAUUUAGACGAUCGACAAUGGGCGGCACGUCGCGGAGCAAGUCGCCCUCGCCAAAGAAGAAGAGCACCGACCUCGAGAAGCAGAGCUGGUACCACGGGAUGCGGCCCCGGAAGGAGUGCGAGGCGCUGCUGAACGAGAAGGGCGAUUGGCUGGUGCGGGCCACCGACAACGACAACGAGGGCCGGCUAUCGGUAGUGCUCACCGUGCUCGACCAGAAGCGUGUGGCCAAGCACCUGAUCAUCACUAAAAACGAGAAGAACCGCUUUAUCCUGUCCGCCCUCAAGGAAAAGGACCGGGUGCAGUUCGACACGGUGGCCGAGCUGAUCGCCUAUUAUCAGAAAAAGGGCGGCAUCGGCGCGAUCAAAAUGGGCAGCCCGAAAAACCGGCCGACGUGGAUGAUCAAGCACGAGCAGGUGACCUUCGAUGAGAACAAGGACAAGCUCGGCAGCGGCAAUUACUGCGUCGUCUACAAGGGCAUUUACAAGGAGGAGCAGCGGGUGACAAAUGUCGCUGUGAAGGUUUGCCUGCAACUGGACGAGGAGCGCAAGCCGGACCAGAUCACGGCGGAGCGGCAGAGCAUGCUGCGCGAGGCCGAACUGCUCGCCAGCUACGCGCACGAAAAUGUCAUCCAGCUCUACGGUGUCGCCGCCGACCAUCCGCCAGUGCAGAUCGUGCUGGAGUACUGCCCGGGCGGCAGUCUCGACAAGCAUCUCCAGGAAUAUCGCGACAAGAUUGAGACCGCGGAGCGGCUCCUCUACAUGAAAGACGCUGCCCGAGGCAUGAGCUACCUGCACGAGAAGGGCUGCAUCCAUCGCGACAUCGCUUCGAGGAACUGCCUGAUCGCCGAGUCGGGCCUGAUCAAAAUCGCCGACUUCGGGCUGUCGAAACUGAUCGCCAAGACGGAGAAGGAGGCGGAUCCGGAGACCGGCAUGGGAUUUCCGGUUCGUUGGAUGGCCCCGGAGAGUCUGCAGAAGAAGCGCGAAUACUCGACGAAAUCGGACGUCUGGAGCUACGGGGUGAUGGUCUACGAGACGUUCAACAACGGCAACAAGCCGUGGCCCGACUGGGAGACGAAGAAAAUCGCCACGCACAUCCGGAAGGGCCGGAUGCCCGAGCUCCCCGACACGAUCCCCAGCGAGUUGCGCGACUAUCUGAAGACGAAAAUCUGGAACGUGGACCCGGAGAAGCGCGUCGACAUGGACGCGGUGUGCAAGAAGGUCGAGGAGGCGAGCAGGGUCGUCGGCCGCCCGCUGCGCCCCGUCAUCAAGCGCCAGACGAAGGGCGGCAGCAAGGACAAGGGCACCCGGAACCAGGAGAGCACCAGCUCUGUGGCUGUACGACUAAGCGCAACCCGUCGUCACCUUCUUACAUCUACUUUAAAGGAAGCCCAGCGACUUCUCCUCGCUCGUGCCCUCGCCCAGAAGCUGCCCGCCCGUCAAUUUUAUGCUAAACGUCUUCGAUCUACAAACAAACAUUCGUGCCCCCUCCAGUUUGCUGAUGUUUUCUACGCGGCGCCGUGCAACGUUUCGCUGACGCCGGCGUGUAUGAAAUAUUGCGUACAGGAAGCGGGAUGUGAUGCGUAUAGCGAUGGAGGAAAUCAAGCUUGUGUGUUUGAUCCUCCAGAUCAAUCGAUAAAUGGUGUAAAAUCGGCCAUUAACAAAACUUGCACUCCGUAUGAAGUGAAUUAUCAAUAUGUGGUGUCGAAUGAAGGAGAUGGUACAACACCGUCGUCAUAUCUCAACCUAUUCCUGGGCGUUCAUUGCCCGGCCAUCGGUUGCUGGGCUAUGCAGACCCAAGAAGCGAUGAGUUUUGCGCAGAAAGUGCUACAGGGCUCCGGGCUCGGUGAUAGCCCGUUUUUCACCGGAAUCACCUACAACAUCACGAGUCGGGCUUUUGCAAAUGGCUGUGCGGCUACGGCUUCCUAUCAAGAUUUUCUUGGCGACGUUGCUUCGGCAGUAACCGGGCCUGAUUGGGAGUUGUAUUGUCAUUAUAUAACCGGCACUACGAGCCAAUUUACGAAUUGUCAGGAGGUCGAGUUUGCUUCCAGCGGGCCCGUGAAUUUGUUCGGGAAGAUAUACCAACCUCCCGGAAUGGCGAAUUUCCUGCGAGCCCUCCUAUUUUUCUGCACAUCGGCCGUUUUUGCCGCCCAGGAGCAUCCGCGAGCCAUUCGAAGCGCCACGAUUUUGGUAGACGAUACCUCGAACGUAAUCAAGGGCAGCCGCGGCUCUUCCGGUCGUCAGGUGACCCACGUGGCCAGCCGAAAUAACAUCAAAAACGCCAAGGAUUUCCAGAUGGCA